UGUAGACUGUUUGGAGGCAGAGGACAAAACAUCAGACAUUGGUGUAGGGAACUCAUUUCGUGUCUUGCAGCUGUCAAAGGUUUCACUCUGAAGAAUGGAAGAUUUGUCCAUUAACGACACAUCACAGGACUUGAGCCAUGUCACCACAGUAUUCAUCAUAGAUGUUGGGACAGGCAUAAUCAUUUGUAUCGGACUUCCUUUGACCCUCAUGGCCAUCUAUGCUCUUUAUUCUCUGGUCGGAAAGGAUAAUGUCGCUCCGAUCUACGUCAUCAACCUUCUCAUUUCCGACCUCAUUCAGUUCUGCUGCAUGAUCGGUUUCUUGGCACAACCUGGGUACCAGGACAUAUAUCAAAUAGGCGGUCGCAUUUACUUCUCUAGUCUGGUGGCCAGUGUUUACUUCAUGGUGUGCAUCGCCCUAGAAAGGUUUUUGGUCAUCGCCUGCCCACUGUGGUACCGCUUCAGAAGAACCAUCAAGAUCUCCGUGGUGGUCUGUGUCCUGGUCUGGGUUUUUCCUCUUAUCUUUGUCUUCAGUCAUGUAUUUUUGCCUGUUCCAGCUUCUUUAAUGCCUAUCACUUUAGCCAUAUUGUUCCUCAUUCCCUUCCCACUGCUCAUAUUCUUCCUGGUUGGGACCCUUAAAAGUCUGUCUGCUUCCAUCUCAGUUCAAGCUGACGAAAAACGACGAAUUGUGGCAAUGUUGGUCAUGGUGCUGGUUAUUUACACACUGCUGUUCCUGCCCAGAAUCAUCAUGUUUCUGAUACAAUAUGACAUGGCCCUCAACAUCUUGUCUGAUGUGUUUAUUAUGAUGAGUCCUCUUGCAGACUUAGUUCUGUAUAUUUUCAUGAGGAAAGGGGCCAUAGACAAGCUUUUGGCCUCUGUGUGUUGUUGCAGAAUGGACAGGAAUGAUGCCAGCAUUUCAACAACAAUCACUAUAGAUGAUGAAAAAUAAAACUCUUUUCAAGAUCACUUAUUUGAUCUCAAUUUGUUCAACUCCAUUUUUGAACUCUUAUCAAUCAGAGCCCGGACUUAAAAUUCACAUUUUUUUUCUAGUUAAUGAUAAGCAACACACUUGCAUUUAAAUUUCUUCAUAUGGUUUAUGCAGCUUGUGGUGUCUUUCCAUAUAUGAGUCUCAUAUGUCUCUUCAUAUUGGUCAUAUUGUGGCUAAAACUUCUCCUACAAACAUUGUGACCAAAUGGUUUCUCUCCUGUGUGGACUCUCAUGUUCUCCUGCAUUGUGUUCUUGGAACUAAAUUGACUAAUUGAUGAAUGGUCUAAUGGUUUCAGCUGUACUUGUAUAAACUGUUGGGUAGCUUAAUAUGUAACAAAAGAUUUUAUAAAAUCUUUAUUUGUUUUGUUUGUACCAAUUUUAUUUAUCUAAUUUAUAAAUUCACUACAUUUUUUUUAGAAUUUUUUUGUCAACGUAGAAAGUGGGAUGAAAAUAAAAAACAAAAAAGUAAAUUACAAGUACUUCACAUUUGUAAUUAAGUACAGAUGUUAAGUAAAUGUACUUAUUUAUAUUCCAUCACUGACUAAAACCCCAGAGAUGUUCUACCGCAGGGCUUAAAGUACUCUCGACCUGGUGCCGGAUUUCCAGCGUAUGACUAUUUUAGAAAAAAAUAAAUAAUUAAAAAGUCCACAUGGGAUUUGUAUUUGAUGCGCUGGGUUUAACCAAUCAUUGUACUUCCACCUACCAAUGAAACGAGUUCUAGCCAAUCAGAUGCAAAGUAGGUGGUUCUUUGCCGAAAAGUGAGUCUGCGGUUCACUGAGCCAGUUUGUGACAGAGUCAAGAAGUCUGUUAAUGUUCAUAAGGCCAGGAACAUUUGUGUUUUAUGCUUGUAUUGUAUACAUAUGUUUUUGUCUUUUUGAAGCACUUUGUGCACCAACAAAGUGCUAAAUAAAUGAAAUCAACUUGAAA